UGUGUGUGUGUGUGACAGAGACGCAGCUCGCUCCGCGUCAGAGAGAUGGAGCUGUCGUCGACGGGAGAUCGCGUGUUCGCGGCUGAAUCCAUCCUGAAGAGACGCGUCCGCAAGGCCAGACUUGAGUACCUGGUGAAGUGGAAGGGAUGGGCCAUGAAGCACAGCACUUGGGAGCCAGAGGAGAACAUUCUGGACGACAGGCUGAUUCUCGGCUUUGAGAGAAAGGAGCGGGAAAGGGAAAUUCACGGGCCGAAGAAACGGGGACCAAAACCCAAAAACCUGGUCGUGAAGCCUCAACCUCGGACUCAGAAAGGAGGGACCAGCAGCCGAGCCUCAGACGCCCGACAGACUACGUCACGCUCCUCCUCCUCCUCCACUCCCGGCAGAGCGACUCCCUCCUCCUCCACCUCGCCUCAUGUAGCGUCUUCGUCCUCCACCGUGGCCCCCUCUCCCAAACUCAACUCCCUCGCAGCCACCCACAAGCUGAAGAAAGACAUUCACCGCUGCCACCGGAUGUCCAGGCGUCCUCUGCCGCGCUGCGACCCCAUGGCGUCCUCCUUCUCCAACCCCGGCGGCUUCCCCUCCCGUCUGCACGUCUCCCCCUUCUCCGAGACCGUCCGCAUCCUCAACCGUAGGGUCAAACCCCGAGAGGUCAAGAGAGGUCGCAUCAUCCUCAACCUGAAGGUCAUCGACAAGCCGGGGAGAGGUGGCGCGGCUGCGGGCGGCAGGAGUGUUACGGGAGGACGCCAAAACAUCCCGUCACGCAACCGCAUCAUCGGGAAGAAGGGAGAAGCCCCCUACAGACCUUUCCAGCCGCCUCUGAAGAUGCUGGGCUUCCCCAUGUACGGGAAGCCGUUCGGCCUGCAGUGCGGCGGCCCCAUGUCCCUUCACUCCCACCCGGGCUCCAGCACCGGGGCCAGGAACUCCAACUCCACUUCCUCCCCGUACCAGUCUCCUCCGUCCCCUUCCAGCUCCACCCGCUCCACCCGCUCUGAACGGAAAUCCCACGCCAACGCCUCAGCUGCUUCCUCACCUUCCAGCGAGGCUCCCAAGUCCAGUCGACCUCCCACGGAGACCCAGAAGGGCCAGAGCGCCAAACCAGCUGCUACCUCCCCGUCCUCCAACCCGCCUUCCCUCCCCUCCUCGCCAACAUCUUCCUUGGAGGAGGACGAUGCCCCGGACAAUACGACGACCCAAGAGGGAGGCAGCAAAAGUCAAAAGGCUAAACGACAGCUGCCCGUCGCCCCCGGAGACCAGAGCUCCGCCCCCGACGAGCCCCAGAGGGCGCCUGGAGGAGACCCCAACUGGCACCCUGAGAUGGCGCCGAGCUGCAAGGAUGUGGUGGUCACCGACGUCACCACCAACCUGGUCACCGUCACCAUAAAGGAGUUCCCCUCCCCCGCCUCCGGCCCCGCCUCGCCCUCCGCCAGCCCCGAAGACGCCCCCUCCCCUCCCCCAGCACCGCCUCCGACGACCCCCUCCUGCUAAGCCAUAGAGACCAGACGUCAGGAAGUCGGCCGAUGAUGGAAGAAAAUAUCUUGCCAGUGUUGUCACUUCAGCCCCUUUAAAGGUGUGUCCAUUGUUAGUGUGAUGACGAAUGAAAUGUAACUUGGCACCGCCCAGCCAUCCAAUAGGAGAAAAACUGCAUAUUUUUAUUUUUUCAAAGUGUAUAAUUUUGAAAACGGGCAGCUAAUACGCCCUUAAAUUGCCAUAUUUGUCCUCUUGCACAGCGCCGACUCUCUCGCUCAGACCUGGACGGAGACGGUAUUUGUUUUUCUUUCACCUGCUUCAGACGUUUGGCUCGUUUGGCGUAAAAACAAAAUGUCCAAAAGGUGUCAGCACUGUGGUGUGUGUGGGGUUAAACUUUGAUCACACUGCAUGUGAAAGAAACAAAUGACAUUUUCUAUUCAGGCGCUGCUGUGAAGGCUGUUAUUGACCUUCAGCUGCCAAUUUCCUUCCCCCCCCCCACUGUCAUUGGAAGUCCAGCUCGUUAAAGAUAAAUGAGGUGAUGUGUUUUUGCACUUUAACACAGUUGGACUCAUAUAUUGCAUCAAUACAGCGAGGUAAAUGCAAUGCACGUGACUGCAUCGAGGAAAAAACCCGACCUAUUUUAUGUAGUUCAUCAAUUUUUUUCCAAGGCCUUUAUCCUCUUGAACGCACAUGCAUAUGUACGUACAGUAUGAGUAAGUAUUUAUAUGCACGCACAACAUUAUAAGCUGCAGAAGAAUAUACAGAAACGAUAGUUUUUAAGUCUUUCAUCCACCUUCUUUAAUCCGUCGCGUCCUCCACGACUCUAAACUGGACGGGAGUCGGGUGAGAAACUUUCUCUGAUUUGCGCCGUAUAACUUCUCAACUCGUCAAAGCCUAGAAGGUCCGUGAGCUGAACUCGGAUCAGACUGAAGCCACCAAUAAAAUGCAUUUAUAAAACAAAUAGUCUGUUGGAGCUUUGAGCUGGUUGGAAGGUGAUUUAAGGGCGUCCAGAAAGUCAAUCUAUGAAUAGUUUGUCUCUUCAUCUUCCACUCUGGCAGGUAGAUCAAACAGAUUCACACCCUGUUUAGUUCCUUUGCAGCUUUCUGGUCAGUUUAGCUGACAGAGCUUCAUUAGUAUGUUUCAUGUAGCAUGUUUGAGCCCACAGAGAGAGAAACUGAACCUGGUGAAGACCGUGAGGACACAUGUUGUGCUGAUGGAUUACAUACAGUCUUUACACCUUUUAAUGGAGUCUUUCCAUUAGCAUUAGCAUUAGCAGUUCUGGUUAAAUACCAAACAUUCAUUCACUUUCUGAAUUUUGACCAUUAAAUGCCAGUUUUAUGAGAAAAAAACACAAAUGAAAUGCUCUGUGAUAUGUUGAUGAUUAGCAACCUCAUUGAUUUUGAUCAAUAAUACAGCAGCUAUGCCCCUAGUGGACACCAGGAGAAGAACAUGUUUAAAAACAAACGAGAAAAUGACUCAAUCUGGUGGAAAAUAGUGAAAAGUACAGUUAAGAAGCUGUAGAUAGAAAGCCUCUGAUGGUUUGAUUGGAUUUAAAUGGGACAUGUUUGAUGUGAAGUGUUUGACUGUUUAGUAUUUUGGAUACACAGUUUAUUAGACUCAUUAAAGGAGAUGAGGUUCAACUUCAAAAACUCCUUAACACAUUAAAAAGCAAAAAAGCAACAAUGUCCCGGAGCACACGGGUUAUAACAUGUUAAUAAAGCUGUCUCUCUCAGCCGCCUGCAGACUGAAAACUGUGACCCAGUUCUUUCUCCUGGACAGAAUCCACUUAAAGUAGCACUUUGUGUCUCAUCCACACGUGUGACUUCAUGAAGGGUAAGAGCUCCUGUGUUUUAUCUGAUAAAAGUCUCUGUGUGAGGCUUUAAGACCAUGACCUUUGACCUGGUGGGAAAUCAGCUCAAGACAGACGGUCUGUUGUCUGAUGAAUGUAGAAAACACCUGGUGUGCUGUCUUUAGGAAGCGUGACAGCUUGACCUCAGCGUGUGAUCCGCCCCUCACAUGUUGUUUCCAUCUAAACGCCUGACACCCGGCCAACAUACCCUGUAGACCUCCCCAGACCUCAGAACGCUGUGCUCACACCGAACACAAAGCUCAUUUUUGCGUCGCGUUCCUCACGGGAUCAUUUGUGUUUUAUUUGCGGUCCGGUGUAUGGAAAGCUGAAAGUGCCAUUAAAACGCCUCUGUUUCCACACAAUUUAUGUUUAAAAACUUUUGUGGGACAAUAGAGGCGUUUCACGGCAGCUUUGACUUUCCACCAGAGAGGAGCAGACAACGUUCCAUCAGUCACGGCUGAAAUAACCUUUAUUGCUGCUGUGUUAUGUUGUCAGUCCCAGAUACCUCGGGAAACUAAACGCCGUCUUGUCUGCGACGCACUUAAAGUUCUCUUUGCAUUUUGUUGUGAACACGUCAUUGCUGCUACAAUAUCUUAAGAUAAGAUAAGAUAAUCCUUUAUUAGUCCCGCAGUGGGGACAUUUACAGGAUUAACAGCAGCAGAGAGGAUAGUGCAAACAAGAGACAUAGUAAAAACUAAGAUCCAAAUAAGCAGUAAAAACAGUAAAGAAAUGUAAUUAAAGAUUAAAUGAAAGACUUUCUUCAUGUGUUGCCUUAAAGCUGCUCCUUCAACCCCAUCAGCACUCCAGGCGACGUUUUCCUCCUCUCUCUGAGCUCUAACAUGCUAUAAAAAUAAUAAUAAUACUUUCAAAUAAGAUCACAAUAUUGCAAAACAUGUAAUAACCAUGAAAGGCUUCCUGGUUUUUUCUUGGUCGACGAGGAGGACGAGGCCUCCUCUCCUCUCCGGUCGUGUUCUGGGUGGUUCUAGUUGUCGUCAGUACUGUUUCAAUACUCUCAUAGUUUACAGGAGGAGGGAUUUAUUCCAACAUGACACAUCCGUUAUGAGGAGAAAAGACAUCUGUAAUAAAAACAAAGGUCUGGAGCUCAGAUUACAAUCGAGGUGAAAAGGAGUUAAAUCUUUCCCUCCAGAGGCAGAUGAACUCCUCCAGACGGAGGUGCUGUUUUGGAUACAUCUCCUCUCUAUCUUGAAUAUGUUUCCGUGGUGGAUAGAAGUGACUCGGUUGGUAGUUGUGAGUGUUUAGGCUGCUAUGCGAUCGUUUUCCUCUUUCUUUCUCAUGAG